AUGGGUGAUGUGAAGGUUGAGCAAAAACCGGAUGAAAAUGAGUGGAAAACGGCUAAACGUAGAACAUAUCCGAAAAAAAGAGAACACGACCAUUCAACCGCAUCUCUUGGUUCAUCUUUGAGGUAA